UAUCUCAUAAAUAUUUAUUAUUCAUGAAUAAUUAAAAACUUUUUUAUUCACAGGGAAAAUUUGUAUCUUAUCGUAAGUUGUGCACGGACCGGACUGCUGAAAUGAAGGUUGUGUUGUUGCUUUUCGUGGUGGUGGUGGCUUCUGGUUUACCACAGCGGCGGGUGCAUGGAAGUGGUGGAUACGCUGGUGGUGGUGGUGGUGGAUACAGCGGUGGCGGACAAGGAGGUGGAGUUGGUGGCGGUGGAUACAGCAGUGGUGGACAAGGUGGUGGAGUUGGUGGCGGUGGAUACAGCAGUGGCGGACAAGGUGGUGGAGUUGGUGGUGGUGGAUACAGCGGUGGCGGACAAGGUGGUGGAGUUGGUGGUGGUGGAUACAGCAGUGGUGGACAAGGUGGUGGAGUUGGUGGUGGACAUGGAAGCCACCAACGCAGCGUAACCAACAAGAGUGAGUGAGCCAUCAAAUCCAUUAACAAUCAUUCAUUCAU